AUGGAGGUCUCACGGGGACUGACAACGGCCACGCUGGAUGCGCUGACAGCACUGGUGGACAACGUGAAUGCACUGGCGGCGGUGCAGACGAACAACAAGGAGAUGUUCUCCUCGCUUCGUGCCAUGCAGGAGGAGGCGCGGCGGUUGCAGAAGAAGCAUGAUGAGCUGGUGGUCCGGCUGCGGAAUGUGCGGCGGCGGAGCGAGGCGACGGUCCGGGCGCAGGUGGCGGCUGGUGCGGAGGUUGUUGCGGGCGCGGGCGAGGGUGAGGGCGAGGGAGGACUGGUGAAGGCGGUGGAGGGGGAUGCGCUGGAAAAGCUGCAGGACGAUGUGGCGCAGAGAGUGGGCGAGCGGGCCGACGAGGACCUGCUGCAGGCGUACCGUCUGGCGGGCAAGUCUGUGUUUCCGGUCGGCGACGACAAGCUUGGCAUCCGGUUCGAGACUUUUUACCAGGGCGCGUUCUUCGAGUCGUACUUUGUCAUCCUGGCGCUCGACGAGGAGGCGGGCAAGCCGCCGAGCGUGUUCCGGCAUACACUCCCGCACUUUCUUCCGCUCGAUGCGGUAGCCAGCGAGUUCCUGGGCAAGUCGGUGGCGACGUUCAUCGAGAAGGUCUCGGACCUGCUUCACGCGUUUGUGGCGCGGCGUGAGCACGUGCGGGUCCUGCAGGAGAUGCACGGCGAGCUGGUGAGCAACGUGGCGACGACGCUGGCAUUUGAUGUGGUCCAGUUUACUGGCGUCGUACCGUCGGGCGACGGCGACACUGCGGGCGCUCAGGCCGAGUUCCAGAUCGUGUACGACAAGCUCGACGACGAGCUGCCGAGCCGGGCGGCGGUGAACCAGGUGCCGAGCCGCAAGCGGCGGGCCGAGACAUUGACGAGCAGCGGCGAGCCUGCGGCCAAACGGCUCAAGGGUCUCGAGCGGGUCUUUCUCGAGUCGGCACUUCCGGAUGCGUAUGCGUUUGUGGUCUCGGGCAGCGAGGCAUGAGCAGCGCGUUUACAACAGAGCAGACGGGCUCGGCUAAUCGGCCAGAUCGCCGAUGGCGAAGCGCGGGGCGGCGACGGCGGUGCCCUGGG